GCUGAAGUUGGCGAUGGGGUCAAGGGUUAGAGGAGGGGUCAGAUAGCAGUGACUGAGCCUGUGGAGGGAGAGCUUGGAUCCUGGGCUGGCUGUUUGACAUUUGAAAGGCUUGGCACAGAGCGCCAUGCACAGUAAGUGCUCAGGAGGCUGCAGUUCUAAUUAUGAUUCGAGAUUUCAGAUGAAGAAGGGACUGAAGCUGGAGACGUUCAAAGGCUUGGCUGGGGCUGGACAGAUAGUAUUGCAGAGACUGAAGGGAAAAAUGGAAGGGAGAGCAAAAUCCAGGCAGAUGCCAGCUGGAAUCUUGGCUCAACCACUUACCUAGGUUUGGAGAUGUGAAGUAAGGGCCCAAGAACCCACAGAGGAGAGUCCCAUCACCUCACUGUGCUCAUCCAUAAAAUGGGAAUAGUAAUUCUGUCUUGGUCCACUUCCUGGGUUACUGGGAGGGUCAAAAUGCCUCUUCGGCAUUUGUGGAAUCAGGUGAGAAGGUGGGGGCUAGUUAUUUUUCAGUUCAAUGCUGUAUGUUUCAGUUCUGGCUGUAUGUUUGUGGGGAGGGAGCAUUUCUGAUAACAACUCUGCAGAGAUGCUUUACCCUCGGGAUGCAUUGGAGACCAGCCCUAUUUAUGUCACCAAUAAAUGUCACCGCUAUUUAUUGAGUAUAAUUAGUUACCAUACACAGGCACUGGGCUUAGAGCUUCACCUCUUGUCUCCUUUCAUCUCUACCUUCUCAGGUGGCCUGCCCCACACUAGAGGCCUCUGAAACCCAUGCCUCCAGCUCCCUCCGGUAACAGCAGCAAACAUUUCUGAAGAGUUUACUCUGUUACUGUGUGCCAAGCACUCUUCAAAAUGUUUUACAUAUAUUAACUCAAUCUUCAAAACCCUGGAAGUGGGUACUAAUACUUUCCCCAUUUUACUGAAGAAUAACUGAGGUGCAGAGAAAUGAAGAAAUAGGCCUGGUAUCACAAAGCUAGUGUGUCAUAGAGCCAGGGUAUGGACCCAAGUUCUUAAGUCUCCUCCUUGAAGUGCUCAUCACAAUUGCAAUUCAGUUUUUAUAAGAUUGCCUCCUCACUGAUUGUAGGUUCCAUGAGGGCAAGGACUGACACCUGGCACACAGUAGGUGCUCAGCUAAUGUUUAUGCACAGGGAUCCCGCUGCUUCCAGUGGGCUGGGCCCUGGGAGACCUCAUGAGCUCAGGGUAGAUUAUCAGAUUGCUGACCAAGAAGGUCUCUGUCCCAGAGGCAGAGGGAGGGUUCCCCUGGGCCCAUGCUCAGGCCAAAGAGGGACCCCGAGGACAUGUUUGCUGGCUGUUCUGUGUCUCACUGAUUUCUUUUCCUUCCACGUGCCACUGUGGCGAUGGCUCCACGGCUUCUCCCCGACGGCUGCGUGACCCCGUGGCUGCUUCUGGCAACAUCAUGACAACAGAGAAGAGUUUAGUGGCUGAGGCUGAAAAUCCACAGCACCAACCACAGAAGGAAGAGGGUGAGGGAGCCACAAACUCCGGUCAACAGGAAACUCAGUUGGAAGAGGCUUCUCAAGCAGCAGCUGAGGGAGAUAAUCAGUGUGAGCAGAAGCUGAAAACAUCUAAUGGAGACACUCCGACACAUGAAGACUUGACCAAGAACAAGGAGCGGACAUCAGAAAACAGGGGCCUGUCACGGCUGUUCUCCUCAUUUCUCAAAAGGCCUAAAUCUCAGGUGUCUGAGGAGGAAGGCAAAGAAGUAGAGUCAGCUAAAGAGAAAGGUGAAGGAGGUCAGAAAGAGAUAGAAUUUGGAGCUAGUCUUGAUGAAGAGAUCAUUUUAAAGGCCCCAAUUGCAGCUCCUGAACCUGAGCUCAAAACAGACCCAUCCUUGGAUCUCCAUUCAUUAAGCAGUGCAGAAACUCAGCCUGCUCAGGAAGAACACAGAGAAGAUCCAGAUUUUGAGACUAAGGAAGAAGGAGGACUUGAGGAGUGCUCUAAAAUAGAAGUAAAAGAAGAAGAUCCUGAAUCAAAAGCAGAGAGAGAAUUGAAAGCUUCCCAGAAAUCCAUCAGAAGGCAUAGAAGCAUGCAUUGCAAGGUCUCUCUGUUGGACGACACAGUUUAUGAAUGUGUGGUGGAGAAACAUGCUAAGGGACAAGACUUACUUAAACGAGUGUGUGAACACCUCAAUCUUUUGGAGGAAGACUACUUUGGUCUGGCCAUUUGGGAUAAUGCAACCUCAAAGACAUGGCUGGAUUCUGCCAAAGAAAUAAAAAAGCAAGUUCGUGGUGUCCCUUGGAAUUUCACAUUUAAUGUAAAGUUUUACCCACCUGACCCAGCGCAGUUAACAGAAGAUAUAACAAGGUAUUACCUAUGUCUUCAGCUUCGGCAGGACAUAGUGUCAGGACGUCUGCCCUGUUCCUUUGCAACCUUAGCGUUACUAGGCUCUUAUACUAUCCAGUCUGAGCUGGGAGACUAUGACCCAGAACUCCAUGGCACAGAUUAUGUUAGUGAUUUUAAACUGGCCCCAAAUCAGACCAAGGAACUUGAAGAGAAGGUCAUGGAACUGCAUAAGUCAUACAGGUCCAUGACUCCAGCUCAGGCUGACCUGGAAUUUCUUGAGAAUGCCAAAAAGUUGUCUAUGUAUGGUGUUGACCUUCAUAAAGCAAAGGACUUGGAGGGCGUGGAUAUCAUCCUAGGUGUCUGCUCUAGUGGCCUUCUGGUUUACAAAGAAAAGCUGAGAAUUAACCGCUUUCCUUGGCCCAAAGUGCUGAAGAUUUCUUACAAACGUAGCAGCUUUUUCAUUAAGAUUCGGCCUGGAGAGCAAGAACAGUAUGAAAGUACUAUCGGAUUCAAACUUCCCAGUUACCGAGCAGCUAAGAAAUUAUGGAAAGUCUGUGUAGAGCAUCACACAUUUUUCAGACUGACAUCUACAGACACCAUUCCUAAAAGCAAAUUUCUUGCCCUGGGAUCCAAAUUCCGAUACAGCGGCCGAACUCAGGCUCAGACCAGGCAAGCUAGUGCUCUGAUUGACAGGCCUGCCCCACACUUUGAGCGCACAGCAAGCAAACGAGCAUCCCGAAGCCUUGAUGGAGCAGCCGUUGAGUCAGCAGACCGAAGUCCUCGGCCCACCUCUGCACCAGCCAUUGCUCCGAGUCAAGCCGCGGAGGGCGGUGUCCCAGGUGCACCUGUCAAGAAAGCACAGAAGGAAACAGUGCAGGUUGAAGUGAAAAAGGAAGAGGCACCACCUGAGGAUGCUGAGCCAGAGCCCACAGAAGCAUGGAAGGUGGAAAAAACCCACAUCGAGGUCACAAUACCCACCCCAAAUGGUGACCAAACACAGAAGCUUGCAGAAAAACCUGAAGAUCUGAUAAGAAUGAGGAAGAAAAAGAGAGAGAGACUAGAUGGUGAAAACAUUUAUAUCAGACAUAGCAAUUUAAUGUUGGAGGAUUUAGACAAAAGUCAAGAAGAGAUCAAAAAACAUCAUGCCAGCAUCAGUGAGCUGAAAAAGAACUUCAUGGAAUCUGUACCAGAACCCCGGCCUAGUGAAUGGGAUAAACGCUUAUCCACUCACUCUCCUUUUCGAACACUUAACAUCAAUGGGCAAAUCCCUACAGGAGAAGGAAACAUAAAUGGCAUUCGCACCGAGGAGGUGGCUGCCGUGACCACGGGGCCAUCUACCAGCCCUGACUCUGACUGGGAGGGCCCCAAGCGUUCAGUAAUUCCUAGUAAGAGCCAAAUGACCUCUUCACCGGAGUCUCCAAAAAACUUUGGCUCCCUCUCCAUAAGCAGCAAGGAGACAGAAGAGAAGGAGCUGGGGGCAGCUGGCUCUCUUGAUAUUAAGGAAAAGCUGAGAGGUCCCGGUGGGGAGUGUGUAGGAGUGGAGGAACAGGCCAGUGCCUUACAGGCCUCAGCAUCACCAGCUUCCUCCCAGCUGCAACUUGGUGAAAAAAAGGCAGAGAGUAGUGAACAGCGUGUUACACCAGGAGAGCCACUUGGAAAGCAAAAUGGAUCAUUUCUUGACUCUCGUGUGGGUAACCAAUUCCCCACCCUCAUUCGAAGUUUCCAGCCUCCCCUGGUAAAGACUCAGACCGUCACCAUCUCAGACACUGCCAAUGCUGUGAAAAGUGAAAUUCCAACCAAAGACGUCCCUAUCGUCCACACCGAGACCAAGACCAUCACGUACGAGGCUGCCCAGACGGACGACAGCAACGGCGACUUGGACCCAGGAGUCUUGCUGACAGCUCAGACCAUCACAUCCGAGACCACCAGCAGCACCACCACAACUCAGAUUACCAAGACUGUAAAAGGUGGGAUUUCAGAGACCCGGAUUGAAAAGAGAAUUGUGAUCACAGGAGAUGCGGAUAUUGACCACGAUCAGGUCCUGGUACAGGCCAUCAAGGAGGCGAAGGAGCAGCACCCAGACAUGUCAGUGACCAAGGUGGUCGUCCAUCAGGAAACCGAAAUCUCUGAGGAGUGAGCUCAGGAACUCUCCCACCCUCUCCCCCUAACCCCUGCUCCCCUGCCCAUCUGCCAUCCCAGAGAAAAACCAGCGGAAUGAUAAAGAAGCUAACCAGCAAUAGUUAGACUUCAGACUUUUAAGAUGAUUGAUUCUAAACCACCAGAAAAUCAAUUUCUUUUUCUAUUUGGAGUUUAUACCAAGAAAGUCUUCUAGACAUCACUGAUCCUUUUGAAUACCUUUUUCUAUAUUGUGAUACCAGAAAUUGUGCAACUUUUCACUCUAUGGACUGUUUUUAAAGAGCUUUUUCUUUUUUUUUUUAAAUGGGGUGGUUUGGAACCCCUUCAGACCAGCCUCUCCCCCACUUACACUGACAGGGUCCAUAGCAUUCUGGAAAUCCUCCAGUGACACUGUCAGCGUGUUGGGGGGACAAAGCUAGCUUAGCGGGGCCUCCCCGAUCCUCGCCUGGUUUAUACUCUGCAGAAACUUCACAAGCCAGCGCUUCCUCAGAGCCAGUGACGUCCCUUUGAGAGAAUGUCAGGCAGGGCGGCCGCCCUAAGGCGCAGACCCUAGGCCAGUGCGCCCCGUCGCCUCUGCUCGGAAGGUAGUGCUGUUUUCCUGCCUCUCCCCCGCUCUUUCUCUUUGGAGCCUCUUUAGAUCAAAGACGUAAGACGUUGCUUCAGACAUAUCUGAUACUGUGAAUGUUUGAACGUAUCCGUGGCCUUCGUUCCUUCCUGCCCUCCUGCCCCUCUUACCUCAUCAGAAGCAGUGGCUCAGCUAAGCGCUCCCCCGCCACCUCCCAUCUCAGGAGACCAAAACUCAUGGGAAAAUAGGCACUUUGGGCCAGAGGCACUGAUAGCACAUGUUUCCCGGCAAUGUGGACAAAGCAAGCUGACAAGAUUUUUCUUUUUUCCUUUUUUUUUUUUAAGGUUUUCUAGUUCUGAGAAUGUGCGCUUGACAGGGGGCGUGGUGGGGUUUACCUCAGUCGGAUCUGCUCAGACGUAUUUCCGGGAGACCAUCCCUGGGCCUCUCUCUCUAAUCCUAGAGUGACAGGGAGUGUAACCCAGCAGGCAAUUGUGGUCCUUGACCUUACUCCUCACCAUUGGCACCUGCCUGCAGACUGUCCUUUCUGGAGCAGGGGGAUGGCUCUCAUGGGCCUCCCUCCCCACAAAACCCACCUUGACAAAGGGGCACAAACGCCAGCUCCGCUCAUUCCCACUUGCCACCUGAGGUCUGUCCGGUUUUGUGGCUUGAUUUUUGUGGUGGGUUUAGGGUUUCUUUUUUUUUUUUUUGAAAAUGAGGAACUGAUGUCCCCAAUUCCACUAUUCCUGGUAAAGAUUUGGGGGGGGGUGCAUUUUUAUUCAGUAGGCCUUCUCUAAUCUUCCAGCUCGCUUCCCACAGAUAGAUCUCCCUACACGGUCUUAGAAUCCUAAGUCUAGGACAGAAGCUCAUCUCCCUGAGGUGGACAGUGGGUCACAGGCAGCCGUCGCUGGGAGCUCCAGGGUGGUGAGCAGAGACCGCUACAAGCCUCUGCUCCCCGCAGUGGGACCCAGCAGCACAUGCCUGGAGUCCACUGGCUGAACUUUGUCUCGACAAACGCAGUUGGUUUGAACUGAUCUCACGUAUGUGUGUUUUUCUCUGAGUCCUUCCUUGAGACUGUUACUGACCCACAGGUAGCGCUCUCUCUGGGCAGGGACGGGGAGGAACUGAGGUAGGAUGUGUGACUGGCUGGGGGGAAGGAGAGCGCCCUGUCUCAGGGACAGACUCACAGCCUGGGAGCGUAGGUCUGGAGCGGCGGGGCUUUCCAGGCGGUGCCCAAGCCAAGGCUUUGUGGCCCGGAGCGGUGGCGAGGUUGGAAAUCCAGCUCACGUCAAGCAGGUGUGCCAGGAGAGCUCGCUUGCCAGCGGCCAGCUCUGCCACUCGGAAGAGCUGCAGGAGCCCAGAGCUGACGGCUGUGGAGUGGAGACGGGCAAAGGACGAGGGCAGGGCACGUGCGUCGGGAAUCUGCGGCGCCCCUGUAUCCCAUGGCACCCGCUCAAAGUGGCUGCUUUCACAGCCCAGGACCACACCUCGGGGGCCUGAACUUCCCCUCGGUCCGUCACCAGCUGGCUUCACUUCCCCCUGCUUCCCUGACUAUAAACUGGACCAGAAGAUCUCCAAAGCCCUGCCGGCACUGAGAAACCACGAUAUGGACAAGCCAGCGCGAGGGGUGUCCUUCCAAGCCUCUUUCACCUUCCUCCCUCUCUGGUUAACGAACUUGGGGUUUGGCAAUUGUUUGAAUUUUUUUUUCUUCCUGCAAUUGUGUGCAUGCAUGCGUGAGAAGAAAAACAGACUGUCCAGGUGGAAAUGGUGAAGAGGGGAGAAGAGUUCAUUUCCAAGGUCAACAGCUUGGCAGCCAUUUUCCUAAAGUGACUCAGACACACCACAGUAACAACUCUCGCUGCAAUUUGAUUUUUAUUCCACUUGAGAAAUAAAGAUUUCCUCCAAGCCACGUGAGGUCUCUGUCAACCCUCCCACCCACAAAGCAGGACCUGAAUUUAUCAGCUGAGGGCCCACAGAGCCUGGCUGCAGGGACCUGUCAGGGAAUCUCUGCCCGCCCCCAGCCCCCACCGUGUGUUCUUCGGGGCAGCUAAGGGUGGCGAGGCAACAGUCCACCUUUGGAAAUGGAGCCAGAGCUACAGCCUGACCAACACCAAGGAAUGCUCAUGGGAAAUACCUGCCCAGUAUCUCAGUCCCCGGGCUGGCUGGUUCUACAAAUCUCUCUCAAAUGUUUUAUUUUGGUGACAAAAAUGAAGGAGCUUUGUAAAUUAAAAAAAAAAUUAUGAAUCAUAUCAAGUAGUUGUUUACAUUUCUCGACAAAAUAGGAAACUAUGGCAGCCGAAUCAAAUUGACAAAAACCUUAGAUUAAAUAGGCAAUAUUUAGGUCUGCCAUCUCGGCCUUUUGUAGUAAGAGAAGUGGUAGUGUUUAGAUACUGUUUGGUCUUGCUUCUUCUUGUGUUGCAUUUUUCAAUAAACUUAAAAAAAAAAAAAAAAA